AUGUCGUCGCAUUAUUUCAGGGGAUGGCGGUCUGGUCUCGCUCGCUCCACGGCAGCGGCAGCUGUGGUUACCGUCAUUAACAUCGUAUUCCUCGGCGUCGCUGUUCCAGUGUUGGACAGGCCCACAAGCGAUGGCACAAGUGAUGGCAGCGAAGGUACCCUCUUCGCCGGAGACUGCAAAACGGCAAAGCAACUCAGUAUCUGGCUGCAUCUUGCCAUCAACAUCUUGGCUACCGUGCUUCUGGCCGCUGGCAACUACACACAGCAAGUAUUAACAGCACCAACCAGGCAGGAGAUCGACUUGGCCCAUAGUCAGAAGCAGUGGUUGGAUAUUGGCGUCUCGUCACUUCACAACUUAAGAAAGAUAUCCUGGAAGAGGGUUUUGGCAUGGUCCAUUUUAGCGCUUACCUCAGUUCCAAUUCAUCUGCUGUACAACUCGGUCGUAUCUUUCGAAACCAGUGUUAACCAUUACUCAGUCUACCCGGCCAAGUGGAAAGACCUUGUUGAUCCAAAUUACAAGUUUGCUGAUAAACGAUACAAAGUCCUCAAGACAUCUCUGGACGAGUUUGAGAGGAUAGGAAAUCGCGAUUGUAUUGUCAUGUAUGGUCGGGAGCUUAUUUCAGACCGGUCGGAUGUUAUUCUCAUUCUCGAUCCCUCGACUCCGGAUAGCGUCAGCCACUACACAGACUUGAUAGGCGGGGACCCGAUGGCAUAUGAGUCUACGCCUUAUGAUUGGAUUUGCGCAAAUGGCCGCUUCCGUUCAGCGACCUGCGACGUGUCUACUAUUGCAUCAGACCCAGAUAACUGGAGGGUCCGGGCCUCGGAUAUUUCGAAUGCAAACAACGAAACGCUUUUGAGAGUUGAAUAUUGCCUCAGCAAGCGAACACAGGAGCACUAUGUCAUUGCUUCCUUCCUCGAGAAUCCUGACCCGGCAACCAAGGGACGAUGUCUUUUAUCAAAGGCCUCUAGACGGCCAUUAUCUUGGGAAACUGGGCCUAGGCCUUGGUCUCCAAAGAAGCACCACAGGGCGGCGUCUGUUUCACGAAGAAGAUAUGGAAUCACUAUAGGCCUUUGCCUCGCCGCACUCGUAGUCGCGUCCAUCUUUCUCGGGAUGGGGAUUCAGCACAUAUCCUACCUCAAGAGACCAAGUCUUGUUGAUCUCUGGAACAGAGGUUUCGGAAAAGUGAGCGUCGAUUCCCUGAUCACCUUUACAGAUGAUGGCACAUACAGUGUUCCAGCGAUCAAUAUGAUUCUCAUUUCCAACUUACCGCAGCUGAUUCUAUCUCUCCUCUACACAGCAGUGAAUGGCAUGUGGACAGCCAUGUUGGUUGGAGAUGAGUGGAAUAGCUAUGGCAUCAGACGCAAGGGGCUUCGUACGACAUACCCAGUUGGUCAUCAAAGAAAGACCUACUGGCUGUCACUUCCUCUGGCAUAUGGAAUUCCUCUUAUAGUAGGGUCUACAGCACUCCAUUGGCUGAUCUCUCAGUCAAUAUUCUUCGUGAGGCUCGCUGUCUAUAAGGAUGAUAAGCAUGUCUUGGGUUACCAAGCCGUGGGAGAAGACGGCGAUGUCAGCACGUGUGGCUACUCCCCCAUCGCCAUAGUCUUUUCUAUUAUCCUAGGGUCCUUGAUAACGUUGAUUACCAUUGGCGGGAGCCUGAAGCGAAUGGAACCGGCUACCCCUCUGGUUGGCACAUGCUCCGCAGUGGCUAGUCAUCAUGACGCCGAGGACGUGAAGCAGGCUACCGAUGAAGAGCAGUCAGCGAGGGCCAUAUCUGUCGAACAAGGUACCAACGACAGGACCCUUUGA